CCUUCCAGCUUUGCUUCAGCUGCCGAUCCUUUCUGAAACGGCGGGAAAGGCAGCGGAAGGUCCCACUUCCUCAGAAACCGAGAGGGUAUUGCAGAGCAAUGCAAAGGGCUUCACGACUUAAGAGGGAGCUGUAUUUGCUGACUACACAGCCGCCACCAGGAAUUACUUGCUGGCAGAAUGGAAGCCGUAUAGAUGAUCUUCAAGCCCAAAUGUUGGGAUCUGCAGAUACACCAUACGAGAAAGGAAUUUUUAACUUGGAAGUAGUUGUGCCUGAAAGGUAUCCAUUUGAACCCCCAAAGAUACGCUUUCUGACUCCCAUCUACCAUCCCAACAUUGACUCAGCUGGAAGAAUUUGCCUGGAUGUUCUCAGAUUGCCACCUAAGGGUGCAUGGAGACCAUCUUUGAAUAUUGCUACUUUGCUGACUUCAAUACAGAUACUUAUGAAUGAACCCAACCCUGAUGACCCCCUCAUGGCUGACAUAUCCUCUGAGUAUAAAUACAACAAGCAAACAUUCCUCAGAAAUGCCAGACAAUGGACAGAGAAGUAUGCAAGCCAGACAACAAUGACUUUGGAAACCACCGAUGAAGAGAACCACCAAAGUGCAGCCAACCCACCCAAAGAUUCUCACAUUUCCCAGAAAAGGAAAGGAAGCAGUAUCAGUGGAUUGUCCAAAAGACCUUGCUCAGAAACAUAGAAGCUUUGCUGUUGUGCAAUAUCCCGGUCUCUAGCUCUGUGUGUGUUUCAGUGUUCCUUUCCAUCUCUUAAGUAGACUUGUUGCAAUUAAUGUACUAUUUACUCGUUAUAUGCAAUGCCUCUAAGGUUGUGUCAGUGAUGCAAUAUAGCACUUGUCUGUUUUUAAAAACAUCUUAUUUUACUUCUGCAGAUUUCUUUAAGUUCUUUACAGCAAUUUGCCUUUCACUGUCUAAUUUGUGUAUUUUGCACAUGUUUUGAAUGAAGGCACCAAUGAGAGAAUAAUAAAUAACAUAUUUAGUCCCGCUAUGA